AUGGGUUGCACAGAAAGUGUAAAUACAUUGUCACCGCUCGUAUCCUCGAAUGGCAACAGGAAAAGAAUUGCAUGGUUUUAUGCAGCAAAUCCCAAUCCAUGGGAUGAAGAUGAACCAAAAGAAUGGAAAAGAUAUUCAGAUUUUGAAAAUGCCUUCAUUGAAGAAGCUUAUCAACGUCAAGAUGACGAAGUAUUACUCAAUGACUAUGUGAUUGAUUUGAAGAACAACGUGCAAUUCCAGAAAAACAACAGAAACUUACGGAAACCAGUGAAAAGAGAAGAAAUCGAUGUUAGUGGUUAUGUGAGAGAAGAAAGAUUCUGCUAUCCGGAACGAGCAAUCCAAGCAUUUGAAAUGGAUGAGAAUUACCACGAUGAUCUUGCAAUGCGAUGGCGUGAGAGAAAUAAAAAACUAGUAAAUAAAAUUUUUAUAGACUGGAGAACAGUCGCAGAUGUUGCUGCUCAGGGUAAGAUGACUACUAUAUUAUACACUAUGCAACGUUCGCCUUUUUUGUCUUUUCUUUGCAGGAAUUUUGAAAGAGGGGAUGCUUUUAGCUCAAGAAUUUGACGCUCAGAAAAUGGCCGACCAAUUGCGAGCUUGUACAAAUGAAGAAGAAAUUUGGGCAUGUGCUGUACGUCUCUACACAGCAGAAUCGUUUCUUUAUAAAAUACUGAACGCAUCAAUGCGUAAUAAAGAUAUGAGUAAAGUCAACACACUGGGACCAUUUCUUUGGUUAUUGGAAAUGUAUCUUGGAAAUAACAGAGAUAGUCAGAAAAGAGUCGUUUAUCGCGGUGUUUCACUCGGCGACCAGAUGAUUGAAGAUUAUAAGCAAGCUGUUGGUACACGAAUUCAGUGGAUACCUUUCACUUCUACAUCAAAAGACCGCCGAGUAGCAGAAAGAUUUGGAAACACACUUUUCAUAAUAACUAUCGGUGGAUUUUUACAGUUUGGUAGCGAUGUAUCGUCUCUUUCACAGUAUCCAGAAGAACAGGAAAUACUUUUGUUUCCUAAUUCUAUAUACAGCGUGGAUAAAAUUGAAUGUGAUUCUACAUCUGGAAAACAUUUAAUCUUUAUGACACGACAUUUAAUUAUGAAACCAUUCGAAUUAUCAGAUUUACUCUCUGACUAGACCUCUUACCUUUCAAUACCUAUCAAAAUAUAUAAUAAUACCAUAUUCAAUAACAAUACAGACUUAUAUUAUUAGAAUUUGCUUUUGAGCGUGAGGAAGGGAUGCGCGGAUAUGAAAGUGACAGCGGACUGCGAAUAAAAACAAGAAACAUAUCUGGGGUAUUCCAUGGGAUCUCUAUCACGUUUACAUCGAGGAUUUCCAAAUUCAAUGAAACUUUCAGAAUUUGCAGACCAUAGUGAGCUAUGAAAAUCUGCAUAAUCAGUUUUUUAAAUUUCAUUAAUAAAUAGGGACAUAUCGACCAUGAUAUUUCUAUAAUUUUUAGCAAAAUCAUCAAAAGUUAGGAUUUUAUCGAAAAUUAUCUUUUAUAAAAUUCCUUCAAAUUAAACGCGUAGAUAUUAAUUAUAUAUACAUAUUAUACAUCUCCUGAAAGCUCGUCGUCUGGGCUACAUUUUGGCUAUAAUAUGUUGAAGUUUUGCCAAUAUCUUGACCAUAUUAUGUCUUAGGAAAGACGACACACUGCUACGCAUUCUUGAGCUAAAAACUUAAGGGUGUAGGUGUGGGUGUGGGGUGU